AUGGCCUUCAUUCAUCCCAGGAUUCUCACCUUCCGUCAAAUGCCAUGCUCAGGGUCCAUCUCCUUACCUCUAACAAUACGGUUUUCUACACAUCUCUGCUCCUUCCUUCAACCUCCAUUCGAUCUGUCUUGCCUUUCCGAUGCUGCGAUUACGAAGCGUUUGAAGGAGAAUGCCUUGGCUCGUGAAUGUCCCGUGGAUUUCGACCGCCUUCUAGAGUUGCACAAGCGUCACCUGGCGGGAGAGCAAGAAACUCGUGCAGAGUUAAUGUCGCUGAUCAAUCAACUACCGAAUAGGACUCAUCCACUUACACCCAUUGGCGACGCUUCCAAGGCCAAGCUGAUUCACCUCCAUGGAGCAAAGCCAGUCGCCGAUUGGAAGUUGAAAAAUAUUGUCGCUCUUUGCAGCGACAGUGCCCCUUGUACAACCAUGUGCUCUACUUCGGAUGGCCGUCCCACGUUGUGUCCGGCAUUUCACCUGAGAUGUAGAGGAGUGUCCGCCGGCGCUGGUCCACGCACUUACUACUUUGGAGGUUGUUUAGCACAACUUGAAAGAGCACUCGUUUCGUACACGCUUCGUCGUCUCUCGACCAUCGGUUUCACUCUGAUCUCUGUUCCGGACAUCCUACCAGAACACGUGGUGGAAGCCUGUGGCUUCUCUACUCGAGGUGACCGUUCUCAGGUGUACAAACUAUGCAGCGAGCAACCAAGUUCCCAACAUUGUCUCUCCGGUACGUCGGAAAUGGCAUUGGCUGGAUUUUGUGCAGACCGAACACUGGAUUCCGGCAGCUCAAGCGACCCUGACGCUCUCGGACUGUGUGCGGUCAGUCGAUGCUUCCGACAAGAGGCUCCUCGGCAAGAAGCACUUCUCUAUCGCGUCCACCAGUUUACCAAAGUCGAAAUGUUUGCCGUCACGAAACCAGAACUGGCUGUCGGCGAUGCGAUGUUUGACAAGAUUUUGAACCUCCAAAUCAGCUUGUUCGCCGAUUUGGGACUGCAUUUCAAAGUUCUCGAGAUGCCAACUACCGAGUUGGGCAAUUCCGCGUACCGGAAAGUCGACAUCGAGGCAUGGAUGCCUGGAGAGAGCGCAUAUGGAGAGAUCUCGAGCACUUCCAACUGCUUGGAUUACCAAUCGAAGCGCUUGAAUAUUCGGUGGUCAACGCCAUCCGGUGACAAUCCGUUCGCUUAUACGCUCAACGGAACAGCAUGCGCGGUACCACGAAUGAUGAAAGCGAUAAUCGAGACGCAUCAAAAUAAGGACGGUACGAUUCGCAUCCCGGAAGUGCUCGUCCCGAUCUUGAAGCAGCAAGGAGCUUUGCCGAGUUCCAAAACAGAAGCCCAUUUCAAACGUGCAGUCUAACUGACAAAACGGGCGAUACUGCCCAAUUCUCUGUAUCUGUAAAUAAAAUCUAAGGCGAGC